AUGGCGGUGGGAGGCUGCUGGGUCGCGGCCGGCUGCUUGGAGGAGCAGGAUUACGGCGUGUCCGGAGUUGUGCCAGGCCAGAGUGCCGCCGGCCCCGCGGCUCCUGCCGGCCUGCAUGGCUGGGCUGUGGGUGAGGGAUUGGCUCUGGCUGGAGCUGGCGUUGGCACUGUGCCCUGUGUGCCCUCCCCUGGUGCUGACGGGCGUCUCUCUGCAGGGAUCCGCUCCUGGGACAUCGAUGUGGCUGCCUGCAACCUCGACGAGCAGCUGAAGCUCUUUGUGUCCCGCCACUCGGCCACCUUCUCCAGCAUCGUGAAAGGGCAGCGGACCCUCCACCACCGGAGCGAUGUCCUGGAGACCCUGGUGCUGCUCAACCCUUCGGACAAGUCCCUGUGUGACGAGCUGCGAAACCUGGUCACGGACGUGUCCCAGCACAAGCUGCUGGUGUUCGCGGGCCCCUGUGUGGAGGACACCGGGGAGCUGAUGCUGCAGACAGGCUGCUUCUCUCUGCAGGAUUUCAUCCAGAUCUUCGCUGAUAAAGAGGUGGGGGAGAUCCUGAGCUCAGCCGACCCCUCCGCCAAAGCCCGCCUGACCAUCAGCUGCCCGGACUUCGGGGAGUGGCAGGACUCGGGCCUGGAGCAGCACAACCUGCAGGACUUCAUCGAGCUGCGGUUCAACCCUGGCUGCGUGCUGCCUGCCAUGGAGGGCUUGCAGGAGUUUGUGGAGUACCUCUCUGAGUCGCUGGAGCCCCCGUCCCCCUUUGACCUGCUGGAGCCCCCCACCAUGGUGGGCUUCCUCAAGCUCUCCAAGCCCUGCUGCUACAUCUUCCCCGGCGGGCGAGGCGACUCGGCCUUCUUCGCCGUCAACGGCUUCAACGUGCUGGUCAACGGCGGAUCCAACCCCAAGUCGUCCUUCUGGAAGCUGGUGCGGCACCUGGACCGCGUGGACGCCAUCCUGGUGACCCACGUGGGCACUGACAGCUUGCCCGGCGUCAACAGCCUGCUGCAGCGCAAGUUGGCCGAGCUGGAAGAGGACCCGCUGCAAGGCGCGCAGGCCGGCGAGGACUGGGUGAGGAACCUCAUCUCCCCCGAGCUCGGCGUCGUCUUCCUCAACGCCUCUGAGAAGCUGAAGGAGGCGGAGGGCGACUCCCGGGUGCUGAAGAGCAGCGACGAGGCCAGCCUGGCCCUGCGCUCCCUGGAGCGGCUGGGCAUCCGGCCUCACCCGCUGUGGCGGGACGGCGGCCCCAGGGUGGAGCCCACCGUGCUGUUCCAGAAGAUGGGGGUGGGACGGCUGGACAUGUACGUGCUGAACCCUGCCAAGGGCAGCAAGGAGCUGGAGUUCCUGCUGCAGCACUGGUCCGGCAGCGGCUGCACCAGGGAGCAGGAGCUGCCCCUGCAGUGCCUGGCCUCCGUCUGCGUGCUGCUGGCGUGGCACCCGGCCAGCCCCGCUGAGAAGAUCAUCCGGGUGCUGUUCCCCGGCUGCGCCCCCCAGAGCCGCAUCCUGGAGGGGCUGGAGAAGGUGAAGCACCUGGAGUUCCUCAAGCGCCCAGUGGUCACCAAGAACGACCUGAAGGCCGCAGGCCAGCCCGAGCGGCCGCUCAAGCAGAAGCGGGCCGAGAGCAAGGAGAGCCUCAAAUCGGCCUCCAGGCUGAGCCUCGUGGAGGCCGGCGCCCCCAAGGAGAGGACCCUCAAGGCCGAGAAGAAAGAGGCGAAGCCGGGGACCAAGGACAAGGCCAAGGGGCCGGGUGAGGCGGCCAAGCCCGGGCCGGAGGAGCCCAGGGCCAAGCUGGACACGUCCACCGAGAAGCUCAAGGUGGACGCGCGGCCCAAGCCGAGCAAAGAGAAGGCGGUGCCCAAAAAAGAACCGCCCACCCGCGACGCCCGGAAGGAGGAGAAGCGGCUCCCGAGGAAGGAGGACAGCGGCGCCGAGGCCAAGAAGGACACGAAGGGCCCGAAGAAGGAGCUGAAAGCAGAGCCACCGCGGAAGGACGCCAAGGAGAGCAAGGUGGAGGGGAAGGCAGCGCCCAAGCUGCCUGCCCGGAAGACCCCGGGGCCGGAGACCCGCAAGCUGGCGCCCAAGGUGGGCAGCCUCAAGAAGUCAACUCUCAAGAAGGAGCCGGACAAGCCCAAGGCCAAAGCGGGCAAGGAGGCCGGGGCGGAUGGUGGGAGGCUGCCUACGCCUGAGGAGGCCGGCGCCUUGGAGGGCUCCAAAUCCUCCAGCCCGGAGGCUGUGCCAGGGGAGGCAGGCGGUGGGGCUGCCCCCAGGGAGGAGUCGACAGAUGAGGGCAUCACCAUGGCGGAGAGCGAGCUGGAGCCGUCGCCCCUGGAGAAUGGGACCCCCGGGCACGGUGCCAGCGUGCAGGCGUGUGCCAGGCCAGGCUGCAUGGAGAACGGGCUGCCAGGCGAGGACAUGGACAGCCCCCAGCGCUUCCGGUACCUGGAGACCAGCCCGCUCAAGGGCAUCGGGCCCCCCUCGCCCCUGGCCAAGACGCCCAAGAGUGACCGCAGCGUCAACUUCGACGUGACGCCCACGGGGCUCCUCAACCACUGCCCCGACGGGGCCGAGGAGCCGUGCGGCAGCUCCGAGGAGAAGACCCUGGAGAUGAUGUCCCCGGCCAGCUCAGGCCCAGCCAGUGUGGGCCACACGCCCUUCCACCAGUCCCCUGUGGAGGACGUCCUGGCCGCGGGGGAGCCGGUGCCCGGCGCGCAGGACACGAGGCAGCUCGGCGCCUGGCGGGCAGACGCCGAGCCGGCACCGGGCAAGGGCGGGUUGUCGCUGCCGCUGCGGCCCUGCCAUCGUGCCCCGCGGGCCGAGGGCAAUGGGCACGGGCGCCGCUCAGACUCGCCCCACGACGUGGACUUGUGCCUGGUGUCGCCCUGCGAGUUCGAGCACCCCAAGUCGGAGCGCUCGGCCUCCCUCAACCUCAGCCCCCGGGACUUGUCCGACAGCGACCUCUCCCAGGAGCUGGCCAAGCCGUUGGCCCAGCGCUGUGGCCCGGCCUGCAGGCCGGGGGGCGACGAGACGCCCCCCACCUCGCUGAGUGAGUCGCUGCCCACUUUCUCCGACUCGGACGUGCCCCCGGCCACCGAGGACUGCGCCUGCGUCCUGGCCGAUGGCGGCCUGGAAUCGGAUGAGGAAGCUGUGCACCCCGCUAGGGCCCGGGACCCGCUCCCGGCCCCCAUGAAGGACCCCUGCCCCCUCCCCGCCCAGCCCGGGAUCUGCAUGGUGGACCCUGAGGCCCUGCCCGUGGACCAUGCCCGCUCGGGGAAGAAGGAGCCAGACGGCAAGCUGAAGAGGACUCCGUCCCGCCCGGGCUCGGCCCCCACGCCCCUGCGGGCCGCCCCCCCCAAGCACUCCACCCUCAAGGCCAAGGCCCCCGGGGGCUCCACGCGUGACAUAGGCGACAAGGCCCGGCCGCCCACCCUCGGCAGGGCCAACACCCUGGAGAAGGGGCUGCACGCCAGCGGGGACGUCCGAGCCCCCUUGUCCUCGACCCGGGGCGCUGGAGUCCGGCCUCUCUCAGGCGCCGGCCGGUCGUCCCCUGCAGGCUCCAAGCCGGCCUCGCCCCCUGGCCCCCCGGUCUACGUGGACCUGGCAUACGUGCCCGGCUCAUGGAGCGCACGGACCGUGGACGAGGAGUUCUUCCGGCGCGUGCGCUCCCUCUGCUAUGUCAUCAGCGGCGACGACCACGUCAAGGAGGGCGUCAUGCGCCCCAUCCUGGAUGCCCUUCUGGCGGGCAAGCAGCAGUGGGGCAGCGACGUCCAGGUGACCCUGAUCCCCACCUUCGACUCGCUGGUGAUGCACGAGUGGUACCAGGAGACCCACGAGCGCCAGCAGGAGCUGGGCAUCACAGUGCUGGGCAGCAACAGCACCGUGGCCAUGCAGGAUGAGACCUUCCCCGCCUGCAAGGUGGAGUUCUGAGGGCGCCGGCUGGGGUUAACCCGUUCCAGCCCAGCGCCGGAGGAGGGACUUGGGCGCCUGCUGGCCCCCCUGCAGGGGUUGGGACCUGACGCCCCUGCACUGGCAAAACACUCCUGAGCCUGGGGGGGAGGGGGGAGGAGCCCCUCCUGGACUAGAAAGGGUUACCUGGCAUGGUCAUGCCCCCCCGCACCGCCACUCACCACCUGGUUACUGCAUGCCCACAGCGAGAGCCGCACACAGUCCCCGCGCUGUCCCCUGUCCCAGGGGUGAUGGUGGGGGGGGAUCCUCUCUGCCCCC